GACUCCUGCCCAGCCUGGACACCUGUGUGCCCCCCUUUGCCAUCCAAAGCUGUCCCUUCAAGCGUGCUGAGAAACAAAUGGGAGCUGGAGGUGCUCUGUCACAGAAACCAAUGCUUGCUGCCAGCCAUGUCCCCAGCUGAGCGGGUCCCAGUGCCCUCUGCCCCCAGGGCCUGUGCCAGUAGCCACUCUGGGAUUUGCUGAGCCACAGGGUUCAUGUUGAGCGUGCUGUGUUUUAGGGUUUUGAGGAAAAUGCAGAGGCGGCACAGCAGCAACACGGACAGCGUGCCUCCUGAAAGGAGCCGGAGCCAGACGCUGAGCUCUGAGGCCAGCGUGGACGAGAGCGGAGUGUUCGAGAGCCUCAAGGCCGAGGCCGCGUCCCCUCAGCAGCUCUUCUCGGGGCUGGCCGGCCUGCCCGCCGCCUCCAUCGCCGCCGCGCCCUUCCCGGCCGGGCUGGUGCUGGGCUCGGCGGCCGGAGGGGGAGAAGUCUUCAUCCAGAUGCCGGCCCCGAGGGAUGAGGGUGCCGGCCGGGCUGAGGGGGCUCCGUUCCACCACCGGGCGCCGGCGCAUCCCUUCCAGCACGGGCACCACCGCGGCUCCUCGCUGCUGCACAUGGCGGGCGGCGAGCGGCACGGGCACGGCGAGGAGGGCGCCGAGGAACAGGCCGGGACGCCGGCCCCGGCUCUCUCCGAGCUCAAAGCUGUCGUUGGGUGGCUGCAGAAGGGGCUUCCCUUCAUCUUGAUCCUCCUGGCUAAAGUUUGUUUCCAGCACAAGCUUGGAAUUGCUGUGUGCAUUGGCAUGGCCAGCACCUUUGCCUACGCCAACUCCACGCUUCGAGAGCAGGUGGCUCUGAAGGAGAAGAGAUCAGUGCUGGUUGUCUUCUGGAUCCUGGCCUUCCUCACUGGAAACACCCUGUACUUGCUGUACACAUUCAGCUCCCAGCAGCUGUACAACAGCCUGAUAUUCCUGAAACCCAACCUGGACAGGCUGGACUUCUUUGACCUGAUGUGGAUUGUGGGCAUUGCAGACUUUGUGCUGAAGUACCUCACCAUUGCCCUGAAAUGCCUCGUGGUGGCCCUGCCCAAGAUCAUCCUCGCUGUCAAGUCCAAGGGAAAGUUUUAUCUGAUCAUUGAGGAGCUGAGCCAGCUGUUCCGCUCGCUGGUGCCCAUCCAGCUGUGGUACAAAUACAUCAUGGGGGAUGAUCCCUCCAGCAGCUACUUCCUGGGUGGCAUCCUCAUCAUCAUGUACAGCCUCUGCAAGUCUUUUGACAUCUGUGGCCGUGUGGGAAGUGUCAGGAAGGCACUGAAGGUCCUUUGCACCCCCCAGACCUAUGGGGUCCGUGCCACGAGCCAGCAGUGCAGUGAGGCAGGAGACAUCUGUGCCAUCUGCCAGGCAGAGUUCAGGGAACCUCUGAUCCUUCUGUGCCAGCACGUGUUCUGUGAGGAGUGCCUGUGCCUGUGGUUCGACCGGGAGAAGACGUGUCCCCUGUGCCGCUCGGUGACCGUGGAGACGCUGCGCUGCUGGAAGGAUGGCACCACCUCUGCCCACCUGCAGGUGUACUGACAGACAGACAGACAGCAGGGCAGCCCUGCCCUCCUGCAGGUGUACUGAC